UCUUGUUGUGCUCUCCUAUGCACAUAUCCACCUUUAAAGUUUCUGUUACAUUACAAAGAUUCAUCAAGCUAUUGUAUACCUGCUGAUCAAUCUGCUAAAGAUUUCAGAUUAGUUAAUCAUAAAGGGCUUGUGCCUCACACACUCGCGUAGUUUUUUAUAGAGCACUAAUGCUCAUUGCACUAUUGAUGCUGACCGAAUUUGCUGGUCCUCUAUAAAUAUCCUUGGUGCCCGGAUGGUUUUUCUACAAUUGAAACCAUAAUUUCAUAUAUUUCUUAGUGACAGCAAUGGAAACCAUAACAAACAGCCAGGUGAUUGAGAAACAAGAGUUAUCUGUAGAGAAGGAAGAGACAGACUAUUCUAAAAGAGGGCAGUGGAUUCGUGCAGCUGUGUUAGGAGCCACGGAUGGACUUGUGUCCAUUGCCUCGCUGAUGAUGGGCGUGGGAGCUGUUAAGAAAGACGUAAAAGCCAUGAUACUCAGUGGCUUUGCAGGCCUUGUUGCAGGUGCUUGUAGCAUGGCCAUUGGGGAGUUUGUGUCCGUGUACUCUCAGCUCGACAUUGAAGUGGCUCAGAUGAAGAGAGACAGAGGCCUUCAAGUGACUACAGAUGAUGAAAACUGCGAAAUAGAGAGGGAAAAACUGCCUAGUCCAUUGCAGGCAGCUGUGGCAUCCGCGCUUGCAUUCAUGCUGGGAGCCGUGGUUCCCCUGCUGGCCGCAACUUUUAUAGGAGAAUAUGUGUUGAGGCUUGAAGUGGUGGUUGUUGCAGUGACCUUGGCCCUGGUGGUGUUCGGUUGGAUCGGGGCUGUGAUGGGAGGCUCUCCGGUGUGCAAGUCUUGUGUUAGGGUGUUGAUUGGAGGCUGGAUGGCUAUGAGUAUCACUUAUGGAUUUACCAAGUUGAUAGCAUCUACAGGGCUCGACUCCAACCUUUAAGAAAAAAGCUUGUGUUAUUAACAAAUAAAUGGCCCUGGAAUCAGAACUCUUGGAUUGCUUGAACAAAACAUACAGCAAAUCUAGACUCUAUCUGGUGGGAAAGAAUUCUAUUUGUGAAUUUGUGUAAUUUUGCUUAUUAUAAUGGCUUUCUCCCUUCUACUGUAUUGUACUGCAGAAUUAAAUAACAAUAAUAUUUUAUCUUAUAAAUA